AUGAACACGGCUUUCAGCAUAUCAGAUCAUAUGUACCGUAUGGCUGUCUUGUCGAUGUGCACUUCAGACGAAAAGCUUGAUAUAUCCAAAUGUGUUAUGAUGUCAAUCGUACAUGAUCUCGCGGAGGCGCAAGUUGGCGAUAUCACUCCAAGGGAAGGCUUCUCAAAGUCAGAGAAGAAUCGCCUGGAAUCUGCAACUAUGCACAAUUUUGUCCAUGAUAUGUUGCACUACUCUUCAGCUGCAAAAAGGAUCGAAGCACUUUGGCUAGAGUACGAAGAAGGUCGAACGGCGGAAGCGAAGUUCGUGAAAGACCUAGAUCGCUUUGAGAUGGCUUGCCAAGGUAUGAGGACUUACCCAUGUAUCACCGAUAUCUGGCUCAAGUACCAAGCUCUUGAGUACGAGAGACGAAAUGAAGAAAAGGAUCUUCAGUCGUUCUUCGACAGUAGCCUACCGUUUAUUCGCCAUCCUGAAGUUCAAGGCUGGGGUAAAGACCUCCUGAACGAGAGGAAUGGUGGCUCAAGCUCAGGAUCGAAGGCCGAUUCAAGUCAAGAUACUACUUAA